AUGCAAGACAUAUCAGACAUUUUAGAAGAUCUCAAUCGGAGUCAUGACCCUUAUGGGGCUGACAAUUACAACGAUGGGCGUCCAUCUGGAGAAGCUGAUCUCCAGGCCUUGACGCGAGCUUGGAUCAAUGAAAGAGGUACUGUCGAGCUUUUACCGUGGCCGAAAGAUGGAUUAAUUGAACGCGUUACGGAUUGCGUCAAGACGCAAAUCGAAAAGGUCGAAGAGCUGACGGGCAACAUGGAACCCAAGACGAAUUUCAGUCUCAUAAUCAUUCAAACCGAAGUCGAGCGAUGGAAAUUUCUUAUUCGAUCCUUCCUACGCGCCCGAAUUGAGAAGAUUGACAAACAUACCCUCCAUUACCUCUCUACGCCCGAAUUACAAGCACGUUUGAGCGAGAUGGAAGUCGCGUAUGCGACAAGACAUCAGCAGCUGUUACACCAACACUACCUUAGUAGUUUUCUCGGAAGUUUCCCGCAGAACCUACAGAACCUCAAUGACACUGCUGGGGGUAUAUCUAUGAUCAGCGGGCCGGACGAAGAAAGCGGCGUUAUUGCUCGAGGGCUAGGGUCAAAGGACUUUCCUGGGGAAGGUGUAAUCGUGCAAGGAAGUGGGCGAGAUGCAGAUUCCCAAGUUGAGGUGGUCAGAGGGGAGGUGGUCGUGGCGAGAUGGUCGGACGUGAAGGAGUUUGUUGAGAAGGGAGAGAUGGAGCUUGUUUGA